CUCCUCGGCAGCAGCAACAGACUCCUCCUAUUCCCCACGUCCAAUUAGUUAUUAUGGUCCGGCCCUUUAAGACGCAGCAGCGGGUCAGCAAGUAGUGUAGUGUUUCUCUAAUUGAACUUCGCCCAAUCAACAAUAACUCGUUAGCAGUCGCGUUGCUUUUUCUUGCUGCUCGAGGCAGCUUUUUCCUCGCUCGCAGGGAUUCACCCCCCUCCACUCUGUGACUUCCUAAAGAUCUGCAUGGAGCUUGGCAGAGGGACUGCGAAUCUCUGAGGGGGAAUAGCUGCAGUUCGGCUGCCUCUGCAACUCCGCGCCAGGAGCAUGGUUAUUUUGGAGGAAAGCUCUCAUGCGAACUAAGUUGCGAGCUCUAAAAGUGUCAACAUUUAGAGCGGGUCUUCGAUUAACCGACGAAAGGACGCGCUUGUGGACGCUUUGAAAACGACCACUUGAAUGAAAUAAUCAACUUUUUGGGGAAAGCAGCGACUCUUCGGGACUGCGAUGACCUCUAGUAAAGACAUGAAGGCGGGCUCUGUGUUGCAGUCCAGCGGCGAGGAGAGGAGACGGGCUCCGCUGGACCAGCUGCCGCCGCCGGCCAACUCCAACAAGCCUUUAACGCCCUUCAGCAUUGAGGAUAUCCUAAACAAACCGUCGGUAAAGAAGUCGGUGGCCAGUAUGUGUCCGCCGAGAGUCCUGGAGAAAGUCACGGGCUCUAACUCGGCGAGGAACGGGAUCACCACUCCCUCGUCGCCGCUGUGCGCGCUGGAGGAGUUGGCGAGCAAAACAUUCAAGGGUCUGGAAGUCAGUGUGAUCCAGGCAGCAGAAGGUCGCGAGCACGUGAACGCAUUCGGACAGAGGCAGACGUCGAAGAAGAGGAGAAAGUCGCGGACGGCCUUCACGAACCACCAGAUCUACGAGCUGGAGAAGAGGUUCUUGUACCAGAAGUACCUGUCGCCGGCCGACCGUGACCAGAUCGCGCAGCAGCUGGGCCUCUCCAACGCGCAGGUCAUCACCUGGUUCCAGAACCGCAGGGCCAAGCUGAAGCGGGACCUGGAGGAGAUGAAAGCGGACGUGGAGUCGCUGAAGAAGAUCACGCCGCAGACGCUGCAGAAGCUCGUGAGCAUGGAGAACAUUGAGGACGCGCAGGGCGGCGGCUCUGAGCCCAGGUCGCCCAGCGUCUCCCCGACCUCGCAAGGACACCGGGCCUUCCCUCAGUCCCCGUCCUCCUCCAGAGACCAAACCACGGACGAGUUCUCGGAGGACGACGAGGAGAUCGAAGUGGACGAUUGACAGUGAGAGGAGGGCCUGUGGUUUUCAGCAGCAACGACAGAGAAAAAAAAGAGUGUUAUACAGAAAAAAGGGGCAUUUUUUUCUUCCCAAACUUUUGCACGGAUAAUGACAAAAAAGGAGAAUAUUCACAUUUAAACAUUUCAGGAAAAGUUCUCUCCUCUUCCUCCCACUUCUGCUCCUUGUUUUCGUCCAUAUUUAAUUUAUUGCUGGGACUUUUAAAGCCUGUCGUUUAAAAUUUCACCACAAUAUCUGAGGAAUAUUUGUUUUUCACAGACAGACUUUACUGUGUAAACAUUCUAAUAUUUCACUCUAGUGGACAGAGAGGGCUGUGUGUGGAAAGUUGUGCAAUUAAUUAUUUUGUUUGCCAUUUACUCGGAUUAACCAAAUAUUUAAAUGCCGCCCCCCCCCCUCCGUUUUUUUCAGUGCACAGCAGCUCCACCUCCUGUGUCACUUCAUCAUCAUCAUCACACCUCAAGAUUCUGACAUUAUUUUAGUCUUAUUCUUAUUUUUAAUUUUAAUUUUUGUCCUGAGCGAAACGAACGUGUGUUUGUGCAAAGCAUGCAGGCCUACAGUGCGCAGCGCAAAGGGGAGGCGUCGCCAUGACAACACGACUCUCACACCACAUAAUGAAUUUGUGUAUAUAGGUCAAACAUCCUAUGGUAAUUUUAUUGUAACAUUCUAUUUAAUCAGCAUCUAUGUAAAUAAAGGUUAUAUGAUAUUUCAAAAAAAGAGAAAUGUGUGAUUGUGCACAAAUCGAAAUCAGGUGCUGGGAAUAUUCUGAUGAAUAAAUGUGUCUUUUUUAAUUUUAUAGAUACAAAAUAGACACAUAAUGUCAUUGACAUGUGUUACAGGGAUGUUUGUGAGCACCACAGGGCGUCUGUGUCUCUAUAGGAAUGUCCUGAGACGUAUAGGAAAAUAACAAGUGCUGGAUUUGUCCUCAGAGGUUAACACAGCAGGAUUAUUCACACUCAAACCUGCUCUGCGCCUGGUUAACAAAAAGAAAGAGAGAAAAAUGGUCGCCUUUGAAUAAUUGACCCCUGCUUUUAGCCUACAAGUGGCACAACUUCAAUUAGCAGCCGCCCGUUGCCUUUAUUCCCAUUCUUUGGGCGGUCUUUGAAUGCAUCUUGUCACAAGAAGGUCCGGGUCUGGCUGCGGCGUCAAAGAAAAGCUGCUGCGCCUCCUCCUCCGCCCCCGCGCCAUAUGUUUUCCUCCCUGCGUCCGCGUGGAUGGAUCGUCCUUAACACAACUAGUCGACAUGAUUGAUUAGGUUAACCCGCCUUUGGCUCAAAUAAAACAGCUUCCAACCAGCCGUGCAAGAGGCUAUAAUGGCACGCAUCUGUCGCCCCUGACGCGGGUUUGUUUGGAAAGAAAGUAAAAGAGAGAGAGAGAGAGA